AUGGAAGGAGUUGCAAACUGGCGUCUCCGAGUAGAAGAGAGCAUAUUAGACACUCACAAUGGAGUUGUGUUGGAUCGGAAUACAUCUGACAUUAUAAGUAUUAACACCAUAGUUCACAGCGAAGGAUUAAACCGCGGUCCAUAUAUUGAUGUGAAGUAUGAAAAUUCGCGAUUUACCGUGGCAACUAGAGCCAACUUCGCGGAAUACGAGGAGCAUGAAACAUCUAAAACUAUGAGAGUAACAGUUUCGUUCAACUGCGCGCAAGGAUCAACCAAUCAACCUCCGCUAGUUAUUCAAAUAGAUAUUAUAGAUACGAACCAAAACGCCCCCCGAUUUCUUCCGUCAGACAAUUAUGAAUUCACUGUGAUUCCCCCUUUACCUCCGGGAUUCUUAGUGACAGGUUGUGACAAGCAAAUUAUAGCCAGAGAUAUCGACUUGACAACCCAAAGAGUCGAUUUCACCAUAGAAGAAAAUGAUUAUUUCGAAAUAUUUUACGAUUCGUCUCCUGCGACAAAGGAAUUUUCAGCAACAUUGCGAGCCAAGAUGUUUAUAAGAUCAAUACCAGACGAUCUUAGUUUAAAAAUAAUGGCAACAGAUAUGGAUGAAACAAACGAUCCGCCACUAACAACGGAAGGCACCGUUCGGAUAAUAUCAGAUACACAAUUUCAAUUGCCAGAGGAAUUGCAAUUUUCGAAUACAUUCUAUUUAUUGAAUUACACUAAUGAAAACUUGGCAACUGAUGAAUAUAUAUUCUUGACUAGAGGUUACGAUAAUCAAGUAAAAUUUAGCUUCGAAGGAGAGCACUCAGAAUACUUCGAAAUGACUCCAAAUGAUAAUAGAAUUACGUUCAGGGUGAAAACAGAAAUACCUACUGAAACUUUACGAGAACAACAAAUAUACCUAAUAGUUCGAGCUGAGAGAGAACACACAAGUGGAGCUGCAGCUACCAUUAUAAUACAACUACCUAGUGCUAGAGAGUUGAGUUUUGAAUUGCUUUCUUAUAAAGGUGUAAUAGAUGGUAUUAAUUUAGUGUAUCAGGAUAUAUUUUUAAAUCAAGGCUUUAAUGAAGAUGUUGUUUUUGGGAUUCGAGGAGAUUAUGCCAACCUUUUUAAUCAUAGAAGCAAUGGAAACCAAUUACUUAUAUCUUUGAGAACACAAUUACCUCAAGAAAUUGUAACCUCAAACAAUAUUAUAACUUUGGAAAUUACUGCAACUGGUGACUAUACCAAUACAGCGGCAUCUACCCUCAUUUUUGAAAUAAUUAAAAAUGAUUUAACUACACCAGUUUUCGCAAAAAAAAUAUAUGAGGGCAAAUACGUAAAUACUACACAUGUUACUAUUGAAGAAAUAAGUUUAACUCAAGGGUAUGAUGGGACAGUGGACUUUAACAUUUUUGGAGAGCACGCCGACUAUUUCAGAAUAGAAAACGACGAUGACAAUGUUAUAGUAUCGUUAAGGUCCGCUAUUCCUGAGGACUUGAUAUUUUCAGCCAAGAUUUUUACUUUAUACAUUGUUGCUACAAAACCGAACACUGUUGGCGGUAACGCCGCUCUUGUCAUAAGGUUUCCGAAUGAACUAACCGAACUUGCUGUUAUGGAAUUUUCUAAGCACACAUACAUUGGAAAGUUGGAAAACAAAGCGGUAUCUAUAGAAGAUGUUAUACUAGAAAGUGGUUUUACGAACCAAGUGCGUUUUAUCUUAAGUGGAGAAUAUUACAAUUAUUUCACAUACUCUACGAGUGAAAAUGUUAUAUCUAUUUCGGCAAGUGAAGAAUUACAUCAAAAUUUAGGAAACGAAGACAAUAUAAUAUUAAACGUACGAGCAGAAAGAGUUAAUGCUAUUCCUGUUACAACGUCCGUUAUUAUAAGUAUAGUUAAGAAGGAAAUAAUACCACCUGUUUUCGAAAACCCUUAUUAUAUGGCAAUUUACACAGAAAAUGUUGGAUUACAAUUUAACAAUAUUAUUAAAUUAACAUCUGGGUUUGAUGUUACUGUUACCUUUUAUUUACAAGGCGAACAUUCGCAAUGGUUUUAUAUUACUGAAAGUGAAGAUUCAGUUAUAUUACACGCAAAUACAAUAAAUUCUAUACCGAAUGAUUUUAUAGUAAACAAUAAACAAAUUGUGUUAACAAUUAUUGCGGAAAAACCAGAGGCGACAGCAGGAAGAACUGUUAUUGUAGUUGAACUUAAUGCAGAAGAUAAAGACAGCUCGCUAUCGUUUGAAAGGGUAUAUUAUGUAGGAUCUUUAGAUAAAAACAAAAUCACUUUGGAUACAAUUAACUUAAGGGGCAAUCUUGAUGAACCAUACACCGUUACCUUACAUGGUGAUUUGGCCAACUAUUUUAGUACAUCUACACAAGGCGAUGGACUAGGAAUAAUCCUUCAGCAAGAUUUGCCAGAAGAAGGGCUUCCAGAUAAUAAUAUAAUAACUUUAGAAAUAAGAGCAACACGAGAUACUACUAUUGCUCAAGCAACAGUAGUUUUAAAGAUAAUAAAAGAAAUUGACGACACACCAACCAUCAAACCAAUCCGUUUUUACCGUGCCUACUAUACCGGCCAAUAUUCUACUAAUGGGUUGAGUUUUACCGACAUCAUUUCGCUUUCGGGGGGUUUUGAUGAUACUGUAGAGUUUAACUUAGACGGAGAAUCAUCACAAUGGUUCUACAUAACUCAAGAUGGAAAUUCAGUAAGAUUAUACGAAAACUCAGCAAAUACAUUACCCGACCACGUAGUAGAAAGCAACAAUCAAAUUGUGUUUUCUGUUUUGGCAAAAAAGCCUGGAGCCCUUUCUGCAGAAGCUGCUAUAUUUAUAGAAAUCAUACAGGAAUCCUCCGAGAAUUUACGCUUUGACCGAGCAUACUAUGUCGGAUCUUUAAAUAAAAGUGGUGUAACUUUGGAUGCUAUAACUCUAAUCGGCAACUAUGACGAUACAUAUUCUGUUACUUUGCAUGGUAAUUACGCAAACUACUUUUCUAUAACACCUCAACGGCCAGUAUUCGAAAUUGUUCUUCAGCGGGAGGUUUCUGAAGAUCUACUCAAUAAUGAUUUUAUUACAUUUGAGAUACGAGUUUCGAAAAAUGAUAUUAUGACAGCGAGAACGACAACAAUUCUUAGAAUAAUAAAAGAUAAUGAGCCUCCGGUUAUUAAUGGAAUUCAAUUUGAUCGUGUAUACUAUGUUGGGAGGUAUACAUCAGAAAAUGUAUUUACGUUUGAAGACACGAUAUCACUUGCUGAAGGAUACGACGAAACUGUUACAUAUUCUUUAUAUGGAGUUCAGUCUACAUGGUUUGAAUUAGUUCCAACAGGAAGUUCUGCUAAAUUGGCAUUAUCUCGGCAAGUACCAUCUGACGUGGUUAGUAGUAAUUCACAGUUAAUUUUUGAGGUCCAUGCCAAUAGAGCUAGCGAUACAGCAUCCGCAAGAUCAACUAUUAUCAUUACCAUUAAAGAAGUUGGUGAUGGAUCUACUCCUAUCAUGAAGUUCGACCGACAGGCAUACGUUGGUACCAUAAACCAGAGUGAUAUAUUCUUGGACCCAAUAGUUUUAGCCGAAGGCUACAACGACGAAGUCAUAUUUAGUUUAAUAGGAGAACUCAGUGGCUAUUUCAGUACACCGAAUGAGCGAAAUGUAAUAACCUUGACUCUUCUACGCCCAAUACCAGAAGAAAAUAUUCCUAUUAAUAGACUUAUAACAAUUGACAUCCAAGCAACAUCGGAAUAUACAAGCGCGCGUGCUGCGAUAGUUUUAAAAAUCGUUCGAAAUGAAGAAUCAGUGGAAAAUAUAAGUUUUGAUAAACCAUAUUACUCGGGAUCUUAUGCAGACGCUUCAGAAUUCAGCUUUGACUUCAUAAUUCGAAUGGAAUCAGGCUUCGAUGAAACAAUCCAAUUUAAAUUAGAGGGAGACCACUCAACUUGGUUUCGACUGCGGCAAUCUGGAAACUCCGCUGAGUUAGAACUAAGUUCCUCCAUACCUGAAAGUGUAAUAAACAAUAACAAUCAACUCGUAUUCGUUGUAUACGCACAAAGAGUGGGCUCUGAAGUGGUUCUUACCCGAUCGGUCAUUAUAAUAGUCGUAACAAACGAUCCGACAACAAAUGUGAAAUUCGACAAAGUUUUGUAUUUAGGACGCGUGGAAAAUAAUGCUGUGGUUCAUGAAGCGAUAACUGUUGUGGAAUUUAGCGGAAAUAUUGAAGUUUCAGGGGAAUAUAGCCAACUAUUCAGAGCAACUAUCACUAAUGGAGUCGUCACUGUAACGCUUUCUGCUACGAGCGUACCAUCAAUUCUUUCGUAUGUCGCCUUGAAUCUGGUAGCUGAUGAAGCAAGUGCUGUACUCCUUCUAGAUAUAUAUGAAUCGGAUACUCCAGUGGAGCCACCUUCUCUAUCAUUCAGCUCUUCAUCAUACAUACUAGAAGCCAACGAAGGUUCCACGGGAGAGGUGGGUCGAGUAUCCGCAACCGCCGAUAAUGGGGAGACUGUGAUCUACUCUUUGGAGAUAGAAAAUGAACACUUAAAGCAACGUCUUACAAUCAAUAACAAUGGAGAGAUACAUCUAUCGGCUUCAGCUAAUCUUGGUGUCUACAGUUUCAAAGCAACAGCCCGAACAAGAAUAUCACAAGUCUCUGCUUCUACAUCGGUUCAGCUGACAAUCAUCGAACUUGGAACCACGUUCAAUUUGCCACCUCUACUCGUCCUAGAACGCGAUGAAGAAGAACCAUACUUAAAUCUAGUACCCCUAGACCGUACGAAGCAUCCGAACUGCGAAUACAGCCUUGCAAAUAAAUGGCCACUGGACCAAAAUUGGCUUUACGUGGAUUCAGAAGGGUUACACACACGUUCUAUAGACAGAGAACACGACUCAAUAGCCUUCAUGCCCGUAUCUCAAAUUCAAGUGGAACUGAACCUAAAUUGUAAUAGAAGAAGCAAGCGUUCAAGCAAGAUUCUAGACUACGGUUCCAAUAAAUGGAUUCUAACGGAUAGUAUCUCCUAUAACCCAAGUAGGACUUUGGUGAACCUAAUAGUGAGGGAUAUAAAUGAUAAUGCUCCGAAAUUUGAAGCCGAUUCAGUGACAGUUGGGUACCCAAGCGGGGAUUUAGCAGAAAUUGUGUUACCGAGAGCAUUAGCCGAGUUAAAAGCAACUGACGCAGAUAUAGAAGAGAAUGCAUUAUUACGAUAUAUGAGUUCGGAUGAGAGGUUCGUAGUAUCUCCAACAUCUGGUUCCGUUCAUUUGAGGAAUCGUGUUACUUUGGAAGAUAACACUCGGCUGGUGGUGGACGCUGUUGAUCGGAAUGGUACCGGGCUUAAGGGGUCUGUGGAAAUUAUGGUGCGGUUACUUGAUAGAAAUCAGAUAGCCGUUGUAACAGUUCCAAGUGGAUUUCUUGACGAUGAAUCAACAAUACUGGAUGAACUGACUAAGGCUGUUGGAUAUGAUGUAAAACCACUUCGCUCUACCGUAAUUUCGGAAAGCCGUUAUGACAACGAAGGAGACAAAUCAAGGGUGCGACGUGAUGUAAAUACAAAUGGUGCCUCGUUAAGACUUUAUGUUUAUGGCCUAAAACAGCAUGAACCUGUUGAUGUCACGCAACUGACUGAUGAUCUUAGUAACAGCAUAGUAACGGUCAGCUUGGCCCGUGUCCUAUCACUGGAAGAUCAUCUAGAUGAACUACAGAUAUGUCCUGCUUUUGAACGUGAGAUUGGAUUGUUAGCGGCAACUAUAGUACUAGCAGUGUUACUUCUUAUCAUAAUUGUAGUUUUCGGGGUAUGGUUCUACUUGCGAAGGAAAAUAGCGAACGACUACAAUCAGUUCAGUGACCAAAAUAGUUUGCGUUCACGAAACGAUUCUAUCGAAUCACCAAAAGUGACCCCUAUCUUUACAACACCAAGGCUUAUAGGAAUAGAGGAACUACGAAAGAGUGAAAAAAAGCUUCAAGAACGACUCGAUGCUCCCAAAGAAGUGCCAGAAAAGCCAUCAUCUAAAAAUGUUGAGAAAACUGAAGCAAUAAUUGAUGUUUCCGAAAAUGAUUCCAAAUGGCCGAUUGUAAUUCAAUCAAUUGAUAAGUUAAAAGAUAACACUGAUGAGUCUGAAGAUGAUGAAUUUGGAGAAAAGGUCAAAAGGCCAAGAAGAAAAUCAGUUGUCACGUUUAACGAAAAUGUCGAGAAAAUUAUACAUCUUGAAGAUGUGUCGAUGGAUGGUAACUCAGAGGCAGAUCUUGAAGUUCACAAAUUUUAA